AUGGCUUCGUCCAAGAGACGAUACUCUUCGAGAUCUAGAAGCAGACAAAGAUCACCAAGCCGUUCUAGACGACGAUAUAGAAAAGAUGCGAGAGAUAGGCGGAGAAGAUCCCCAGAGAAGGAUUCUAGGUACAGAAAAAUACAUUCAACCAGUAGACGCAGCCAUGACAGCAGCUCUACUGAUCGUAGACAUACUAAAUUAAGAUUUAACAAUAAUGAAAAAAAACAGACCUACGGAAGACGCGGAUCAUCCAGUGAAAGUUAUGGUAGACGUUCUAUCCGAUCAAGACACCAUAAUCGAGAGAGCUAUAGCAGACGUUACAGUCGAGAAAGGAAGCGAUCACUCAGCUCCGAGAAAAGUGAUGUGUCUGACACCAGUAUCGCAAGCAUACGCAAUUCAUAUUCCAAGGAUUAUCGCGGUGUUUUAAUACAAGGCUCUAGAGGAACCAUGGAGGAAGGAGAAAUUGAGGAAAAGGAAGAGGAUCUUUUGAAUGAGGACGAUGAUAUUGAGGCAUUUUUGGAAAAUAGAAGGAAACAACGGCAAGAGUUGCUCAAGAAACACAAACUUUUGGUAGCCGCCGAGACUUGCGUAAAUAAAGAUCCUGACGUUGCAUAUGUGGGCCAGGAUAAAAUUGAGGAUAUGCCAAAUACUCCAAAUUCCAAUAUUGAAGUAAAAACAGAUGAGUGUAAAGAGGUUAAAUGUGAAAAUUUUGUUGAAGAUAUAAAGCAGUCCAAGGAAAUUACAGUACCAGUAUUUCAGGGAUUUACCAUCCAAAAGAGUUAUAAAUCUCCGCAACCCGUAGAGAAACGAUGUUUGAAUCCAUUUUCCUGUAUAUUUAUGCGAGGUGAGGAUGACUUUUCCAAGAGUGAACAUGUAUCAAAUAUCGACGAAGAGGAAGUUCCCAGUCCUCGCGAUGAACCUACCACUGCAGACACUAUAGCAAAUGAUGAAAAUGUCGAGCAUCUCGUAACACAUGAAACUUCCGAUACUUGUAGUGAUGUGGCAAAGGAUCUUAUUACAUCCGAAAAGAGCGAGGCAUCCGCUGAAGUGGAAAACAAAGAAAAUGUCCAAACAAACGCAUAUACAGAACUACAACGCAAAAUCAUGCAAGAUAAGUUAAAAUUGCGCAAUUUUGUGAUUAAAAUGAAGGAGCAGCAUGAUGAAACGUUGGAUGAAGAUGGUCAAGCUGCGGAGGAGGAAGAGGAAGAUGAUGACGACGAUGUCGAUAUGUUUUCUCUUGUUACUGGUGAUGACGAAAAGAGUUCAAGGAAAAAGAAGAGGGUGGUUAAACCGCGUAAUACCAAAGGAGUAUUGGAAAACAGAUCGUUGGCUGAAAACUGGAAUGAUUCAGAAGGCUACUAUCAAGCGACAAUUGGAGAAAUGUUAAAUUCUCGUUAUCGCGUACUAUCCGAAAUGGCAGGAAAGGGGGUAUUUUCUUCUGUGUUGGAAUGUUUUGACCUUGAAAACAAUGUAAAUGUAGCCAUUAAAAUUAUUAGAAAUAAUGACAUGAUGAUACGCGCAGCUGAAAAGGAAAUGGGAAUUUUAAAGACAUUAAAUGAAUCGGAUACAAAAGAUAAGCGUAACAUUGUACGAUUAUUGGACACAUUUGAAUAUAGAGGGCACUUUUGCAUGGUGUUUCAAUGGCUCUGGGGAAAUCUUCGAACAGGUCUCAAGAGACACGGGAAAGGUCAUGGCCUAAGGCUCUCUUGUGUUCGUUCAUUCGCCAAAAAAUUAUUCGUAGCUCUGUGGCAUCUGAAAAAAUGCAAGGUUAUGCAUGCUGACUUAAAACCAGACAAUAUAUUAGUGGAUGAGGGUCUUUCUAUUUUAAAGGUUUGUGACCUUGGAAGUGCUAGUGACGAAUCCGAGAAUGACAUUACUGCUUAUCUGGUCAGUAGAUUUUAUAGAGCUCCAGAAAUUAUCCUUGGCUGCAAGUAUGAUUGUAAAAUUGAUACAUGGAGUGCUGCUGUUACACUCUAUGAAAUUGCUACAGGAGAAAUCUUAUUUCCGGGACGCACAAAUAACCACAUGUUGAAACUAAUUAUGGAGUUCAAAGGUAAAGUCCCUGGGAAGAUGAUAAAGAGCGGUCAGUUUGCCUUCCAACAUUUUAACGAAAAGAUGGACUUUAUAUAUGUUUUGCGCGAUAAUUUCACAAGGAUGGAUGUCACACAAAUCGUCCAAGAUCUGAGGCCAACACGAAGCAUCACGGAAUCUUUGAUUGAAAAGUACUCAUGGGCAACUAACGGCUCGGGGGAACGGGAACUUAUGAUAAAGAAGAUCCGCCAGCUCGGAGACCUACUAGAGAAGGCUCUUGUCAUUGAUCCUCUCAAAAGAAUUACACCUGAUAAAGCGCUUGAGCAUCCCUUUAUAAGGGAGGCUUGUCACUUUUAA